AUGGCUACAACGCCUGAGGAAGAGACCAAAGCAGGCAUAGAUACACCUGAGCUCGAGCCAGGGGCAGCCACGCCAAAGCCACACCAGCCCCAGCACCAGCACCAGCACCAGCACCAUCACUUCCCCCAUCCGCACGCGAAAAGAUUUACCCAGUUCAUCCAUCCUCAUAAUGGGAAGACCGUCCAUGUUUGCCGUACUCCGGAGCAGCUAGAACAGAAAAGGAAGGAACUUUCGCAGGAGAAAAAGUCCGAUGAGUUCGAUGUCCUUCUCCAUGGAUCUACCGGUCAUUUAGAUGUGAGACUACUUCUUUCUUGCUCAUGUAUACGAAAUGUUGAUCGUGAAUCUCAGGCGAUACGCCAACUGCAUAACCACCACGAGUCUCAACGAACCAAGCUCAAGGAACAGCAUGGCGAAGUCUAUGCUGAUAUCGAGCACGUGAAGUCGGAACUAGAUGCACUAGCGGCUGAGCUUCACCACAUCACUGCCCACGCCGUGUCUUUAGAUGCCUCUUUUGACCGCUAUGGCUAUUCCGCUCAUCUACGAACAAAAGAUGAGGAUUCAGAAACCGCGUCUCUUCAUAGUGAUCACCCUAGCGCAGUCGACAAGCAUGCCGAUCGCUCGGCGGAAGCACUUCGGUUCCUACACCGACCUGUUGUGAGACAAUACUUCCAUAAAGGGCUAUUGUGGAGAUCCGCAAAGGCCGGCGAAGUAGCUUCGUUUGAACUUUUUGUUGAUCUGGUUUAUGUUGGGGUUAUCGAUAUCAUUGGUGAAACUGCUGUUGAACACCCUGGCGGAUUAUCGCUGCUUCACUUUGUAAUCGUUUUCUCAAUCGCCUGGAAAAUUUGGUCGGAUCUUACAAUGAUCAUCAAUUAUUUCGAAAUUGAUGACAUUAUGCACAGAUUCAACGUGAUUUUCUACCUCGUCUGUUUGUUUGGCUUCACCUCGAACAUCGCGUAUGCUUUUGAGUCGACUUAUACUUCGGCCAUUGCAUUUUAUGUGACACAGAAGCUGUUUGCGGCCUGCUGGUAUCUUGGAGUGGCAAUUGUGUUACCAAAUAUACGAGGCACCAUGGUUUGCAUGGCUCUCAUGGUGGUGAUAUCCGUCGCAUUUUGGAUAGCCAGCAUCCACGUUGAAUGGCCCAAUCAACUAGCGCUAAUUUUCAUUGCCCUGGUCUUGGAUCUGUUUGGCGGCAUUCUCUUAAUAUGGGUAAUGAAAGAGGCUGGCAAGAAGUCGAAAACGCUACUCAAAUCAAUUUCUCACUGGUUUGAUUUCUUUCCUGCCAUCAAUAUUGAGCACAGAGUUGAGCGAAACAACGCUUUUGUGUCUUUGGUUUUUGGAUACUCAAUUCUUACGAUUUUGUUCCAGUCCCGGGCUUCGUUUGGUAUCAAUGCGUUUUUUGGAAAAGGUGUUCUGGGCCUGAUUCAGGCCUUCAUGUUCAACUGGAUAUAUUUUGAGAUCGACGGAUACAACGUUCACGUCCACGCUAUCAGAAGACAUUGGGCAAGCAGCAGCAUCUGGAUUUCUGCGCACCUCCCAUUCAUCAUGAGCUAUAUAUUGGCAGCUUCUACUCUUUCCCAACUAGUGCUUGCCCACGACUGCUCAGAUGCUGAUGAGCACGAUCUUGGACAUCAUUAUGAGGACCGCAGUGUGGGAGAACUGAGCAGCGCUCUUCGAUGGUUUUACUGUGGAGGUCUGGGAGUGGCUUUGAUAUCGAUGGCCGUGAUAUCAUUCUGUCAUAUCCACAAACGCCUUGAGAAAUCGCGUUUGAAAAAGCGGCCACGUCUUGCCAUCAGAACCUGUGUGGCAAUCAUCAUCAUCUGCCUACCCACUGCCGACUCCUUGAACUCACUGGAGUUGAUCUCUAUCACGACGGGGCUUGUCUUCUUAGUCCUAUGUUUCGAUUUGUUCGGAAAUUCCUGUGAAGGAGACAAAUUCUGGACCGGAGGAUGGUGUGCGGAAGAGAAGAAGAAGUGUACAUACACUGCGAAUUUCAAGCUCGGGCGUCGCAGGAGGAAGGAGAUUGAGCAGGCUCUACACCGUGGAGAGAAAGUCUCCCUUUCCGACCUGUUAAAGAGACAUUCAAGCAUGAGCAGCCUCGAAAGUCAAAGCAGUCGCGAGGAAGAGUGGCAUGGUGGCCAUUACUGA